UUCAUAGAAGACAAGGGGUGGACGGCACUUACUCUCUGCUCGGAACGUGAAACUAGCGAAUGAGGGAGGUCGUAUUGAAGGCCUAGAUUCGCUAGUCCUUUCUUGUUCCUUUCGCUAAUUGGCGCUGGAGACUCUGACUCCUCCCCACACCAGGGGAGGAAAGGAGGAGAGUGGCCAGAAAGAAUAGGAUGAUCUAGCUGAUGAAAUGGAAGAUGUGGAUUUGGAUGAAGAGGAAGCCGCUUGGGAGGAUGAUGAGGGGGCGGAGGAAGGCAUGGAGGCCCAAGAUGACAGUGAGGUCACCUUCUCCAAGCACACUGCAUCUGUUUUCUGUGUCGGCCUUGAUCCCAAGACCAACACGCUGGCAGUGACGGGUGGCGAAGAUGACAAGGCCUUUGUGUGGCGCCUCAGUGAUGGUGAGCUCCUCUUCGAAUGCUCAGGUCACAAAGACUCUGUUACUUGUGCUGGUUUCAGCCAUGACUCCACAUUCGUGGCCACAGGUGACAUGAGUGGACUGAUCAAAGUCUGGCGGGUAGAUGCCAAAGAGGAGAUCUGGUCUUUUGAAGUGGGUGACUUGGAGUGGAUGGAAUGGCACCCUCAGUCCCAUGUCCUUCUGGCUGGCACGGCUGAUGGCAACUCCUGGAUGUGGAAGAUUCCUAGUGGAGAGUGCAAGACCUUCCAAGGGCCAACCUGUCCAGCUACAUGUGGUCAUAUCCUUCCUGAUGGGAAAAGAGCUGUGGUUGGUUAUGAAGAUGGGACUGUGCGCAUCUGGGAUCUGAAGCAGGGCAGCUCACUGCAUGUCCUCAAAGGUCAGGACGGGCACCAGGGACCAUUGACAUGUGUGGCUAGCAAUAAGGAUGGCAGCCUAGUCUUGACGGGCUCUGUUGACUGCCAUGCCAAGUUGGUGAACUCUGCAACUGGCAAGGUUGUGUCCAUCUUCAAGACAGAGGGCAUUGCCCCCAAGCCUUCUGCAGAGGAGGCCGAGGAGGCUGAAUCCAAUUCGGUUGAGUCCCUGGGUUUCUGCAGGAUGAUGCCACUGGCAGCUGUUGGCUAUUUGGAUGGGACCUUGGCUAUUUAUGACCUUGUUACACAGACUCUGAGACACAAGUGCCAGCAUGAGUCAGGGAUUGUGCAGCUCCUGUGGGAAGAGAGCUCACCUGUGGUCUACACCUGCAGCCUGGGCGGGGCUGUGUGCCUCUGGGAUGCGCGUUCAGGCAAGCUGAUCAGUGAGUACCGAGGCCACUCCGCUGAAAUCCUGGACUUCGCUUUGAACAAAGAUGCCUCCAUUGUGGUUACCACUUCUGGCGAUCACCAGGCCAAGGUAUUCUGUGUGCAGCGCCCUGACCGCUAACAGUGCUCCACUUGGGCAGUGACUGGCACUGUGAAGAAACAGGCCCAUGUGGAUGCAGGCGGCCACACCGGUGGGACUGUGGUGGGGUGGGCGGGGUUAUUGUGAUCAUGCCUAAGGGGCAUCUAACCUUUUUUUGGAGGAGAAAACUUUGCCACCCUGUCCCUGAUUGUCCCAGGGCUAAUUUUUGGAGUUUUGUAUGUGAGACUUUUAAUUAUUCCCCAUGCCUGGUGCUCUGUAGAGCCACAACGCUGCAAGAACACACUGCGUCUGGUCUAGGGACAGAUCAUCUGCAUGACUGUGGUGGGAAAGAUGCACAAUGCCUAAAAAAGAAAAGAUCGCUGCAUUUUUCCCAGAUUCAAGUAUGGCUCCCCUGUGCAUAACUUGUAAAGAAGUGUGCAAAAACCCUGUUAAUCAGAGGCAUUGUCUUCCAUGCUCCCCUCCAUAAGCUGGAGCUGGUGGAUUGCUUCACAACCUUCUGAAAUGAUAAGAAAGCAUAUCCGCCCCUGGUUUGGAUGAGCAAAUCAUGUGGUUGGGCAGGGAGAGAACAGCUUUAGUCUGAGUUCUGAUGCUCGCACAUUGUCUUGGGAACAUCAUCUUAUGGGUGACUGAAUGGAUCAGCCCUGGGGUUGGGCCCUGAAUCUGUCAAGCAAAAACUCACAGCGUGUUCAUACAAUCGCUCCUGCCUUUGUUAUCACAUGACAUCAUGAUGCAAUAAUAAAAAAGAAGGCUACCACUUUCAAA